GAGCAUGGGCUGGCAUCACGGCUGUUGGAGCCCUGACAGGAAACUUUGCUCUGGCUGCCGCUCCGCUCCAGCAGCAGCAGUCACACGUUCGAGCUCCGCGGAGCCGUCGCUUCUCCACUCUCCGCCUUCCGCAAUGCACUUGACUGGACUUCGCCGAACUUUCUCAUCCUGAGAGCGUAUGGCUCCUCGCCUGCGUUUGCCGACCGCUCGCCAGUGAGAGAGGACAGACGCCUCGGGGACGCACUUUUUGGAACUUGAUGACAUCCAGGGACUGGAGAAUGGAGACUUUUAUUUACCUGAUUGCUCUCGUGUUGGCUCGCGUCUGCGCUGGUUUUGCCUACGCGGAGACGGGGCAGAGAGCGGCCAGCAGACACAGAAACUGGUGCGCUUACGUGGUGACACGCACAGUCAGCUGCGUAAUGGAGGACGGCUUGGAGACCUACGUCAAGCCGGACUACCAGAGGUGCACCUGGGGCCAGUGCCCUCGAGUCAUUUACCGGACGUACAGGAGGCCGAGGUACAAGGUAGCUUACAAGAUGGUGACGGAAAUGGAGUGGAAGUGUUGCCAUGGUUACUCGGGGGAAGAUUGUCACGAGGGGCCGCAGUUGCCCACCGAAACUCAGGUCAGCGGCCGACCUCACGUCACGCAGACGGGUUACAACACAGGUGGAGGACAGAGACAAGGCGACACUGAGAAGAUCAGACAGCUGGAGGAGACGAUCCGUGGUCUGACCAAAGACCUUCGCAAUAUGCAGAACACCAUUCAAGGCAUAAACCAGAGGCUGCCUGAGUUGAAUGGGGCAGUUGUCCCUGCUGACUCAGCUCAGCCACACAUGAAGGAAACCAUCAACAGCAUCCAGACCAAGCUGGACCAUCUGUACAACAGAACACAGGUCCACGAUCAGACCCUGCUCAGCAUCAACAACCACCUGGUCAACGGCGGGAGCAAUGAACUGGACGUGUCAAAGGGGCCUGGCGGGAACCAGCAGAACACGCUGAAGGAGGAGAUACUGACGGAGCUGGAGAGAAGAGUGACUUUGUCCUGCUCUGCCUGCCAGGCGGGCGUGGAGGACCUGCGACGCCAGCAGCAGGAGGACAGGGAGCGGAUCAGAUCCCUGGAGAAGCUGAUCAACUCUAUGGAUCAGCACGUGAGGCAGAGCUUGGAGGUCGUACGUAGUGAGACGGAGCGCUCCCAGGCCUGCUGCAAGACCGUCGGCGAUCUAAAAAAGGAACUGUUGGAGGUAGAGGUCCAGGUGACCUCCACCGCCGACAAGUGCGACGCCAUCGGAGGGCAGCUGGAGAAGGAGCUUGUGGAUCGGGGAAAGGGCAAAGUGACAGAGGACCGGCUGAACGGCAGACUGAGAGAAUUAGAGAAGAGGCUGAAUAAUACCAUGAGGAAGACGGAGCAGAGGUGUUCGAAUGCUGGGACCAACCUCAAGGAGAGCAUUCAGAGAGACCACACGCAGCUGCGCAACACGGUCCUAGGUCAGCUCGAUGACCAUAGCUUUAAGAUUGGACAAAUAGAGCUGGACGUGACUGUUCUGGGAGACACGGUGAAGGACCACACUCGACGUCUGAGUCAGCAGAAGAACGUGACGACCUCCCUGGACAGACGGCUGGCGUCCAUCGCCAGCAUGUGCAACGAGACCUGUGGGCCUAACGGCAAAGGCCAGAGGACUGACGAUACCGUGAAAACCCUACAGUGGAGAGUGGUGGCCAAUCAAGACGAAAUACAGAGGUUCAACACCAAGCUGAAUGACCUGUCAGUGUCCGGCGACUCUCUGAGCGAUAAGCUCUUCGAUUUAGAGGAAGAUGUCAAAAGGAUAAUAGCGGUGACAGGGAAGGACGGCGAGCGCUUCAAUCGGCUCGACGAGCAUUUUGAGGACUGCGCUGUUUGCAGCACCGUGAGGGAGGACCUGCACUCGCUCGCCAACUCCACAACGAGUGGCCUCACCCGGUGCCAGACGGAGCUGACGGACCUGCGGAGGAGAGUGGACUCGGGGGAAUCGGCCUGCUCUCAGGUGUGCUCCAACCUUCAAGAGGAGGUGGGACGACUCCGAGAGGAGGUGGGGGAGUGCACGGGGCAGUGUAGAACCAACAUAAAUGAUCUAAAGACUCUUCUGGAUGGUCACACGGUCCACAGUGGACGAUUGGGUGGGGAUCUGAAGUCCAUCCAAGGGGAGCUGGCUGGAGUCCUGGUCACCUUUAACUCCAUUAAUGAGACACUGAAGGGCCUCGGGAAAACCAUACAGACACAUGGGGAUACACUGAAUGAUCUCACCGACACCAAGAAUGAGGUAAACGACUUGCAGCGGGAGCUGACGGAGCACAUCGACGACUCCAGCACCCGGUUCGGCAGCCUGGGCGAAGAGAUCCAAAUAAUCAGGAGCAACUAUGUGACGGAGGCGGGAGAGUGCCGGCGCGCCGGCGACGGAGUGGAGCGACGGCUCGCCAAGCUGGAGGGCGUGUGCGGACGCCUCGACUCCGUCUCCGAGGGCCUGGAGAGGAUCAAGGAGGGCCUGAACCGCCACGUCUCUGGGCUGCGGGGGUGCAUUCACGGACUCAACGUCACCGUGACGUCCCACGGCGAGCUCAUCAGCGACAUCCAGGACGUCCAGUUGGAGAACGUGCACAGCAGGAUUCACAGGCUCAACUCCUCGGUGCUGGACUUGACCAAGGAGUUCCACGUUUUCUCAGAACAGGACUUCAGAGGUCCAGCUGGUCUGCCAGGGCUCCGUGGAGAGAGAGGCGAACGUGGUCUCCAGGGUCCAGUCGGACCCCAGGGGAGGGCGGGACCUCCAGGCAGAGAGGGCCGGCAGGGACCAGCAGGGCCCCCAGGUCUCAGAGGGGAACAGGGUCUCGCGGGGUCCGACGCCCAUGUGCCGCGCCUUUCUUUCUCCGCCGCUCUGACCCGCCCCAUGAGGGGGACAGGAACCAUAGCGUUUAAUGACGUCUUCGUCAACGAGAAUAACAUCUAUGAUCCCAAAACAGGCUAUUUCACAGCUCCCUUAACGGGAAAGUACUUCUUCAGUGGAAUUCUUACGGGCCACAAAAAUAUAAAGAUCGAGGCCGUGUUGUCCAAGUCCAACAUUGGCGUGGCCAGAGUGGACUCAGCCGGGUAUCAGCCCGAAGGCCUGGAGAAGCCCAUGUCGGAGGCCAAGCACAUUCCUGGAGCUCUGGCCGUUUUCAACAUCAUCCUGCCCCUGGAGGCAGGCGACACCGUCUGCAUUGACCUGGUCACAGGGAAGCUGGCCUACUCCUCUGAACCCUUGACCAUGUUUAGUGGGAUGCUGCUCUACGAGACUGUCUGAGGGCCCGUUUCAGGGGCUACUGGACUUGUAAAAGACAAAUUUGUGGACUGAGAAGUCAAAGAGCCUGCAGUGAAUGGAAGGAUGUACUCAGUGAGGACAGAGAUACUACUUUACAUUAUAUGCUAAGAAUGAAGGAAAGAAUCCUUCUUAACCACAGUCACUUGUUUUGUGUCUCAGCAUUAAGGAAAUCUAUCUGUACAAAGUUGGUCCUUGCUGUGACACAGACUUAAAUUCUUCGUUGAUGACGCCAUGACAGCCUUCAGGUCUCACUUGUAUUAUUCAAAGGACAUGCUGUAAAAUGAUAAAGGACUAUGUGGGUUUUUCCAGGAUUUCCACCCACAGCAUAUGAUACUCUCAUAGGUUAUUACACAUUCAUUUUCUGUUUCUAAUAUACUGUAAUGCCUGUUCUUCUUACUCAGUGUUUCAAUUUGACCACAAGCAGAAUUCCCAGAAACACAGUGCCGCAUGCCAAAUGUGAUUAGAAAAAAAAAAGGCCAAAGGAUACAGGCGGAGGGAGACACGGUCCAAACCACCAUUGUUUGGACGGAAAUGCACAAAUGAAGUCACUGACAGUUCACAAUCCUCAGGAUUUAAAGGUCUAACAGCAAAAACAAUCAGACCAUUUUAGGACAUCAGCUAUUUCAGAGAGGGUGGUGAAGGUUGAUGGCCAGAUGGAACAAUGGAAACGUGUGAUGUCCUAAUAAGGGCCAUCACUUUAGUGUAGGACGAGUAACUUAUGAAGCUGUGGAUGGAAUUUUUUAUGUAACGCUAGAACAACAAACAGUAAAGUUACACAUAUCCUCGCCUCCGUGUUGCAAAGCCUCUUCUAACUGAUACACACAAAGACAGAUUCAUAUCAGUCAAAAGAAAAUAUGUGCGUGAAGUUUGUAGAUUUUAUUAAAAUGCACAUUUUUCUCAGACAUUGGGGGAUGUUGGGGCACAUUACAUUAUUUUAUAACAAAAAAAUUGAAUUCAUACGCACAUUCAGUGUGACAGUGUCAUUUCUCUAUGGUCUAUGCAUUGUAACUAAAGGAAUGUAAAUAUUAUUCAGUGCCUUUUAACAGUUACCACUUCACUUUGCCAAGUACUGUAUAUGUUUUGUACGGCUUUGUCACGUGUGUGCAUCACAUGCAGAUGUCCAUUUCAUGCGAGUGUAUAUGUGCCAGUUUUACACACUGUUUAGCCUGGACAGGACUCCACUUAUUUAAUCUGGCACUUCUUUGGCUUUCACAAAUACACACAGCUGCGACAGA